UUUUAUAGGUUAUGUUAUGAUGUUUUGUUUUUUCUACAGUUUUCUAUUAUUAUAUUAAUUUAUUUCUGAUUUCCUGAGUUUUGUACACAAAAUACAUUGAUUAAAAUAACUUUUGCUCAAUAAACAUUAUGAAAGGCAUUAGAAAUUUAUCUGCUGUUAGAUCUAAAUUGAUCUCGAAUCCUGUUGAAGAUAAUACAUCAGAAAAAAUAUUGAAAACAUCUUUGAAUGGUGAUUUUGCAACACUAGAAUAUGAAAAAAUAGGCGCAAAUUCUUAUGAUUUAAUCCACACAAACAUACCUGAAGAAUACCAUGGACAAGGACUAGGAACAGUUUUUGCUCAUAAAAUCUUUGAGCAUUUGGCAAGUAAAAAUAUCAAAUUUAAGCUGACAUGUGAAUUUUUGGAAAAUGUGUUCAAUAAAAGUGGUAAAAAAUAUCAAGAUUACCUGAUUCCUAAAUAGUAUUUUUAAUAGUACACGAGAGAAAUGAAACAAAGCAAGUAAUAGGUGUAAUAGAUUUUCGUAGAUCAAAGUUAGCUAUCGUUUUAGGUAUUUUAUGUAAUAUUGUUUGAACACUUUUUAUAUUUAUUUAUAAUACUCAUAAAAAUAUUUAUAUAUUUUUUAUAUUUAAAUCUCAAUUAAAAUUGUAUAUUCCAUUCAA